AUGAGAUUAAGAUGUGUUGAUGGACAGCUCAAUGCGCUGAGUUGCGAUGGAGAGGAAACGAGAGAGAUGGAGAAGGAGAGGGAUGGGAAGGGAAGGGUGACCAUCACGUGGCGCACGAGAUUCAACGUGCCCGUCGAUCGAGAGGUGAUCCUCGAUAAGGAUAUUGCAGUUUUCCUUCUUCCCACACGGCGUUCCAUACUCCAUACUUCGACCCAAGCACAUGUGGGCAGAAGAAGCCGACGGCUAAGCUCCCAUCGCAAAGCCGAGGCCGGAUUCUUGGCGGAGAUCGAAAGAUCCUCGCUCCGGUCGAGUCCCGAAGUACAAUUGCUCUACGGAGACCAUUCCCUUCCAGCUUCUCAUCUUCUAUCUCUCUCUCUCUCCAUCUCUCUUUCCCUGUCAGUCACAAAUUGA